GUUAUUUUUGUUUACAAAUAUAGCUAGCUAGCUACCUAAGAAGCAAUCCGCUGGCAAUUGUUUAUUCAACGCCAGUUCAAUUACAACAAGAUAACAACAUGAGCGGAAUUCACACUGUGUUGUUGGCUGACGCAUAGUCAUUCACAUGGCACUAUAUACUUUGAGGUUAACAUACAUAUUUCGUUUGGUUUUAGCUAGCUAGCAUCAUGAAGUUGACAAGCUAAAUUGCUUACUAGCUUUGGUACGAUAUCAGUAUUAACUAGUGACGAGAUUUUGGGGGACGUGGAUCGUGUGGUAUUUCUGCAAGCUCAUUAUGGAAGGAGUUCUCUAUAAGUGGACAAAUUAUAUGACAGGGUGGCAGCCACGCUGGUUUGUUUUAGACGAUGGAAUAAUUUCCUACUAUGAUUCUCAAGAUGAUGUCUGCAAAGGGAGCAAAGGAAGUAUUAAGAUGUCCGUCUGUGAAAUCAAAGUUCACCCCACCGACAAUAACAGACUGGAACUGAUCAUACCAGGAGAGCAGCAUUUUUACGUCAAAGCUGUCAAUGCUGCCGAACGACAGAAGUGGCUUGUGGCACUUGGAAGUUCCAAAGCUGGCCUUGCUGACACGAGGGCCAAUAAAGAAAAAGAAAUAACAGAGACGACAGAAUCUCUGAAAACAAAGAUGUCCGAGCUGCGUCUCUACUGUGACUUGCUAAUGCAGCAGGUCCACACGAUACAGGAGUCUGUGGGCCAGGAGGACCAGGAAAGAGACUACUCCAAUUCCAGCUCGGAGACUCUGAAUGAGGCGUCCUCUUUACUGAGUGCCACGUGUAACACCUUCAUCAAAACACUGGAAGAAUGUAUGAAGAUGGCCAACUCCAAGUUCAAGACAGACAUGGUGCUGUUGAACCCUCCAGAUGACAUGAUGAUGUCCCCUGUUUCUCCGUCCCCAAUACAGAUGGCCCGGAUGAAGCGGUCCAUAAGUUACCCGGGCACGUACAACUUCGACAGGUCUGGUCUCCCGCCAAAGGAGGGUGUGUUAUCAGGUCAAAGGUCAACCCAGAGGAGGAUACGGACUUGUUCGGACACAGAGGCUCACAGUGACAGCUGUGUUUAUGAGAUGGACCGCACUGCUGUGCUGUGUCUCAAUGCCAGUGUGAACGGGGACUCCUCCCACAGUAUCCCCGAGGAGUGUGGUGCCAUCAGUCCUACCAGUCCCCGAGCUAUGUCAGACACUCCAGAUACUGACCUGUCCAUCUGACCUGUCCUGUCACUCACCAAAUACAUUGCAGUAUCUUCAGAUAAAGAGACUUUCGAAGUGUUUUGUGAAUCAAGGUCCUGGAGUUGAGAUUGGUCGUCUGCUGUCAAGUGACUGGUCCGUCUGGUCAGUAGGCCUGUGCAAACUUGUAGGCAUAGUACUGUCUAUCUUUUCUGAAUAAUGACUUGGCUAAAGCGUGAAUAGCUGAAUGUAUCAGGAACUUCAGUUACUCUACUGAAGUUAGACUGAUCUGAGGCUACUGUAAUGUGAGGUGUUACUAAGGUUGUGUUCAUUAGGGCACGCAAUGGAAAAACGUUGUAAAAAUAAAAAAUAAAAUUAGUGUUUCUUAUUGAACAA